CCAUAGAUAUACUCUUCACUCUACGCCAUUUAUUUCAUUGUUUUGGUUUCCUGUCUGAACAAAACUAAAUUUAUUUAAAAAAUAAACUCUUCAUAAAAGUGCUAAACAGAAACGAGUUUUACUACUGAAAGAAUAUAUAAAAAUUCUAGCGAGCAAUUGAAGUUACCGCUUGUGACAAUAUUUACCAAAUAGGCACCUUAACUUUCCUCCACGAGAGGACACAGUUUUAGAAAUCUCAUUGGGAGUUAGGAAUCCUCAAAUAACAACUAUGGCUAAUAACGACGAAAGUGUCAUAGACUUAACAGAAUGCUCCUUCACUUUAGCUGACCAUUGUCGUUUGAACAACGUGGUUAUCAAUUUAGACACGGACGAUUCCUUCCGCCAAGAGAAUACGAACAGAACAACCAAAAGACGCAAGAGACGGUAUUCCAGAACGAGGGCAAGCAAUCAUCUAGAACCACCUGUUCUAGAUCUAUGUACGCCUGAUUCCAAGAAUAAAAAGUCUACAAAAUCCAAGAAUGAAUCCCCAAAAGCAGUUGUUACGGAUGAAACUCCAGAGAAAAAAGCUAAACAGUCCCUAGGUACCUGUCCUAUAUGCUUUGAAGACUUCUGCGGUCAAGCUCUUGCUUCAACUAAGUGUGGUCACGUAUUUUGUUUAUCAUGUAUUAAAACUGCCCUAAAGUCUAAACCACAGUGCCCAACAUGUCGUACCACAUUGAGAGGAAAAUCUAACUACCAUCCUAUUUUCCUAUAAAUAGUUUUAAACACUCUUCUAAGUAAAUACUAGAAAAUUCAAAGAAGUAAUAAUAUUUUAUUUUUACCUGCAUAUCAGUAUUUUUUCCUACAACCUAUGCAUUUCGCCAGACCAUAUACUAAGCAGAAUAGUUAGUUGGAUUUCAUUUAAAACUGAACAACUUAAUAUAAUAUGUUUAUAUAAAAAAAACUAUGAAAGCUAAGUCCAUAGAUUAUUUCUGAAAUAAAGUUGAAGAAAACAAAACAAAUGCAAUACUUUACUAAUUUAACAUAAUCUUAAUGCCAAGUAUUUACUAGAACUGUGAGUGUUGUGAAGUUAUUUUUUUUUAUUAAUUUACAGUGCAGCUUGUUCGGUAAAUUUAGUGUAGUUUGCUAAGAGACUGUUCGAUUAAAAAAGACCCUCCUAAUCUGUUAAUUAAGGCUGGUCCUUAGAAGACUUGUGUACGAAAGUCUGCCGAUCUUGGAGUUGACAGACUGACUGAAAACUAAAUUUUUUACAGCUUUUAAAAAUAUUAUUUCGAUGUACUAUUGUUCAAUUUUAUUGUGAUUUAGCCAAUGUGUAAUUUUUAAUGUAAAAGUCAUUAGUUUUUGUCCUAAGUUAUGUUACCCCAUCAAUGCAAGUGUUAUUUAAAUGUAGAAUUACUCAAAAGUCUGACAGGGCUAUCAAAAUCGCUGCCAACUUAGUUUGGUCUAAUUCCAUCCACUAAUAUUUAUAAAUAUAAAUACUUUUUAUGUGGUGAAUAUUUUGUAACAUUUGAUUUUUUAUUUUUUUUAUUGCAUGUUUGGUAGCUGUUUGUAAGUACUAUUGAUUUGCCUAUUAGUUGUAAAAUAUCUUAAUGUGUAAAAUGUACUGUGUCCACUGUUUUAUUUAAAUUCAUAAUAUGUAAGUUAUCUUAAUAUGUGACAACAUCUCAAUUAAAAUGUGUGCACAUAAUCUUAGAAUAAAUUUGCGGAUCACUAUUCUAGUGCUCUGCCAACUGAGCCUCCAAGACACCUUUUAGGCGUCGAAUCUUUUGUCAUAUAGGUCAUAACUCAUAACCAUAAUAUCCAAUGGUAUGUGUAGUCAUGUAAAUUAUUUAUUUCACACAAUGUUCCAUAAGGCUUGACUGCAUGACAUUAAAUAAUUGUGUCCAGUGUCUAGUUAAAAACUUCUUAAUUAAAACUAUAUGAAAAUGUC